AUGAAGGUGUUGACCGGAGAAGGCGGUGGUUGUGGUGGGAAGACGGUGCUGGUCGGGGUGAAGUUAGAUUCACACAGCAAGGAGCUGCUGACGUGGGCACUCGUCAAAGUGGCGGAGCCUGGUGACAAUGUCAUCGCCAUUCAUGUCCUUGAGGACCACCUCCACACCCCCUCUGAGGGGACUUCGUCUUUGCUCUUGGUAAAGACAUUCGAUUCUGUGCUCUCUGCUUAUGAAGGUUUCUGCAACUUAAAGCAGGUUGAUCUGAAGCUUAAGGUCUGUAGAGGAAAUUCUGUCCGGAAGCUUCUAGUACAAGAAGCAAAAUCAUACAAUGCGGCUGCUACAAUUGUUGGAACUUCCAAAACUCACCAUAGAAUCGGGUCAUCUGCCUCUGUUGCCAAGUACUGUGCGAGAAAGUUGUCCAGAAGUUUCUCGGUUUUUGCCGUUGAUAAUGGCAAAGUCGUAUUCAAGAGGAACGGACCUGAUAGCAAUGCAGAUAAAAUUCAAGAUAAUGAUCAGAACCAGAGUUAUGUAAAUACUAGUUUGUCACUGAUCAAGAAUGCAAAAGUACCUAAUGAUGCUAAACUUAAUCAAUGUCGACAUCUAAUAAGAAAAUCUUGUUCCAAGUGUGGCAAGAAAACGCUAAAGAGAAAUUGUGAGAAUUGUGCAGCGGAUUCAGUUUUUCGGGAAACCUCUGGGACUCAAUUACCUGAUGAGUUGGAAGGGGAAGAUGGUGAAGAAAAUUCACUGGCCUUGGUACCAAUCCAAAGACUCGACAUUUUAUCAAACUCUAUCAAGAUUCAAGAUUCGCAGUGUUUCAAACCUGGGUGGUCACUUCUUCGUCACACAUUUCUACCAAAGCGACAAUGCAUGGAGAAAACUGAGAAAAAGACAUCUGUUUUUGGAUGGGCCUUGAGACCAUUGAGCUGGAAUACUUCAGCUGUUGUCUAUCCUGAUCACAAACUGGUGAAUUCUGGACAGGAUCAAGAUUGUUCUUCCAUGCUGAAUGGAAUAAGUGGAGCAAUUGUGCCGUUUGGGUCUAACUCAGUCUGCCCUCCUCUAUCUCCUCACCAUGGCAUGGAGCCCCUUCCUGAAGAAUUUUUGGAUUUAUGUAAGAAAUAUUCAUCCAGUUGUACACUGUUUUGCUAUAAGGAACUUUUGUUGGCGACCUCCAACUUCAGGCCUGAGAACAUGGUUGGUAAAGGUGGCAGUAGUAGUGUUUAUAGAGGGUGCCUUUCAGAUGGCAAAGAGUUGGCAGUGAAACUCUUGAAGCCAUCUGGAGAUAUCUUGAACGAGUUUGUUCAUGAAAUUGAGAUACUCACAACUUUAAACCACAAGAACAUAAUCUCCUUAUUUGGAUUCUGCUUCGACGAAAACAACUUACUUUUGGUCUAUAAUUUUAUAUCAAGAGGAAGCCUAGAAGAGAACCUCUAUGGUAAUAAGAAGGAUGGGAAUGCAUUUGGUUGGAAGCAGAGAUAUAAUGUAGCCGUAGGUGUAGCAGAGGCCCUCGAUUAUCUACACUAUGGCUGUGAAGAACCUGUAAUCCACAGGGAUGUGAAGUCUUCCAAUAUCCUUCUUUCAGAUGAUUUUGAGCCACAGCUCUCAGAUUUUGGACUUGCUAGUUGGGCAUCGACGUCAUCUGAUAUUAGUAGCACAGACGUUGCAGGAACAUUUGGUUACUUGGCUCCAGAAUACUUCAUGCAUGGCAAAGUGAGUGAUAAAAUUGAUGUCUAUGCAUUUGGGGUUGUAGUCCUUGAGCUUCUUUCAGGGAGAAAACCAAUCUACAGUAAAGAUACAAAGGGCCAGGAAAGUCUGGUGAUGUGGGCAAAGCCAAUAUUGAAGAGUGGGAACGUGGCCCAACUGUUAGAUCCGAGCCUGAGUAGUGACUACGACCAGGAUCAAAUUGAGAGAAUGGUUUUGGCUGCUAACCUUUGCAUUAGACAUACACCUAAGCUUCGGCCUCCAAUCAACCUUGUUUUGAAGCUUCUCCAAGGAGAUGAGGAAGUUACAAGGUGUGCAAGGCAACAGGUCAGUGCAUCAGAAGAACUUGAAGCAUUGGACGGAGAAGCACUUCCUUCUAACAUUCAAUCCCAUCUUAACCUUGCGCUGCUAGACUUGGAAGAUGAUUCCCUUUCUACUAGCAGUGGUGAGCAAAGCAUCUCAUUAGAAGAUUACUUGCAAGGGAGAUGGAGCCGCUCGUCAAGCUUUAACUAG